CAAACAAAAAAGGUAAAAAAGAUAGGGAUGGCAAAGAGAGAGAGAGACAGUCAUCGUGGAGAUGGACUACUGCUUUCAGAUUUAUUCCAUCGAGAAAUGGAUAAAAGCCACAAAAGUAGAAGCUGAUCUCUAUCUAACAGUUUUUGUCCCAACAUAAAACCUCCAUUUUCCCAUUUGGGUCUUCACCAUUUUUCAUAAAAACCUUUACUUUUUGCAUGCCUGUUUCUUAGUUCACUUCCCAAUCACGCUGUUCUUCUUUUACUGUAUCUGGGUCUUUGUUUGCAUGUAGUACUUUGGUGAUAUGAGCGAGUGAGUUUUAGCAAUCAUGUGGGUUUUCUAAGUACAUUGGCAUUUGCUAUUUUCUUCAUGGAGGUUGGGCUGUGCAUUUGUGUUGCCCUGUGCCUUUUCACAGUGGCAAAUAGUGUCACAGACCCUAGUGACUUCAAAAUUCUGAACGAUUUCAGAGAAGGGUUGGAGAAUCCAGAGCUUCUCAAGUGGCCUGGCAAUGGAGAUGAUGACCCAUGUGGCCCACCAUCUUGGCCUCAUGUGAUCUGUUCAGGGGAUAAAGUGUCACAGAUUCAGGUUCAGAGUCUUGGUCUCAUAGGACCUUUGCCUCAAAACUUUAACCAACUCUCAAAGCUUUCCAAUUUGGGCCUUCAAAGAAACAAGUUCAAUGGUUCAUUGCCCACCUUUAGUGGGUUGUCAGAGUUAGAAUUUGCCUACCUAGAUUAUAAUGAAUUCGAUUCAAUUCCCUCUGAUUUCUUUGAUGAACUUAGCAGUAUUCGUGUUCUGGCUUUGGAUUACAAUCCUCUUAAUGCGAGUACUGGUUGGUCUCUUCCAGAUGGGUUAGCAAAAUCCGUUCAAUUGACAAAUCUUUCUUUGGUAAAUAGUAAUUUAGCCGGGCCAUUGCCAGAAUUUCUAGGCACAUUACCUUCUCUCUCAAACUUGAAGCUUUCAUAUAACAACUUAUCUGGUGUGAUUCCAGCUAGUUUUGGACAGUCAUUGAUGCAGAUCUUGUGGCUGAAUGAUCAACGUGGUGGAGGGAUGACUGGUCCAAUUGAUGUAAUUGCAUCAAUGACUUCACUGACACAGCUUUGGCUACAUGGAAACCAGUUCACGGGGACUAUUCCCCAAGGCAUAGGAAACCUGACAUCCUUGAAAGAUCUCAACCUCAAUGGAAACCAACUUGUUGGUCUGAUUCCUGAGAGUUUAGCAAGUUUGGAGCUUGACAACUUGGACUUGAACAAUAACAGGCUAAUGGGUCCAAUACCAAAGUUUAAAGCUGGUAAUGUUUCUUUUGCUUACAAUUCUUUUUGUCAACCUGAUCCUGGGAUAAAAUGUUCCCCUGAUGUUAUUUCACUUUUGGAUUUUCUUGGUGAUGUGAAUUAUCCCUCGAGUCUUGCUUCUGACUGGUCUGGUGAUGACCCGUGUAUUGGACCAUGGUUGGGAUUGAGUUGCAACCCCAAUUCCCAGGUUUCUAUUUUAAAUUUGCCAAGACAUGGGCUUAAUGGUACUCUAAGUCCUUCAAUUGCAAAAUUAGACUCUUUGAUGGAAAUUAGGCUUGCAGGAAACAAUUUAAAUGGUAUAGUCCCUGAUAAUUUUACUGAAUUGAAAUCAUUGAGAUUGUUGGAUUUGAGCGAAAACAAUCUUGAGCCACCACUACCAAAAUUUCCGGGAAGUGUGAAGGUUAUUACUGAGGGAAAUCCUCUGUUUGUUGCUAAUCAGACUGAGGCUCCACUACCUGCUAAGAAUCCACCACCUGCUAAGAAUCCACCACCCAUGAGUCCAGAUUCUCCCUCUAAUAAUACAUCACCCCAUCCCGCCUCUGCACAACAAUCACCAUCCUAUAAACCACCUCCCCCACGUAGGGGCUCAAGCUCUAAUUCUUCUAGUUCUGUUUCAGAGCAAUCUCAACCAAAAAGCUCCAAAGGAUUGAAAACAAUAAUUAUUUUGGUUGGAGCUGCUGUUAUUGCAGUUGUGGUUCUUCUGGUGAUUAUUUUAUCUGUAUACUGUUGUAAGAAGGGGAAACACACAUUAGAAGCUCCUAGUUCCAUUGUGGUUCAUCCUAGAGACCCAUCUGAUCGAGAAAAUAUGGUUAAGAUUGCAGUCACGAAUAACACCACUGGAAGUUUGUCUACUCUAACUGGAACUAGUUCUACAAGUGACACCAGCAGCGGAACUGAAAAUUCUCAUGUGAUUGAGUCUGGGAACCUGAUCAUAUCUGUUCAAGUUCUCCGCAAGGUGACUAAAGAUUUUGCACCAGAAAAUGAGCUUGGCCGGGGUGGAUUUGGAACUGUCUAUAAGGGUGAAUUAGAAGAUGGGACAAAAAUAGCCGUUAAGAGAAUGGAGUGUGGGGUGAUUGGCAGCAAAGCGUUGGAUGAAUUUGAGGCUGAAAUUGCUGUUCUGUCUAAGGUUCGACACCGCCAUUUGGUAUCUCUGUUGGGGUACUCUAUCGAAGGCAACGAAAGGAUUCUUGUGUAUGAGUAUAUGCCUCAGGGUGCUCUAAGCAGGCAUCUUUUCCAUUGGGAGAGCCUGAAUUUGGAGCCACUAUCUUGGACCAGGAGGCUCUCAAUUGCAUUGGAUGUUGCUAGAGGAAUGGAGUAUCUUCAUAAUCUGGCUCGUGAAACCUUUAUACACCGAGAUCUCAAGUCUUCAAACAUUCUUUUGGGUAAUGACUUUCGGGCAAAAGUUUCAGAUUUUGGGUUAGUCAAACUUGCUCCAGAUGGUGAGAAAUCUAUUGCUACUAAGCUUGCUGGGACAUUUGGAUACCUCGCACCUGAAUAUGCUGUGAUGGGGAAAAUCACAACUAAAGCUGAUGUGUUCAGCUUCGGAGUGGUGUUGAUGGAACUUUUGACUGGAUUAAUGGCACUUGAUGAGAGUCGCUCAGAGGAAAGCCGGUACUUGGCGGAGUGGUUUUGGCGAAUCAAAUCAAACAAAGAGACUCUUAUGGCUGCCAUUGAUACAGCUAUCGAAGUAGAUGAAGAGACCUUUGAGAGCAUCUCUAUCAUUGCUGAACUUGCUGGACAUUGUACUGCGAGGGAGCCAAAUCAUCGGCCUGAUAUGGGCCAUGCAGUGAAUGUGCUGUCUCUACUCGUUGAAAAAUGGAAGCCAAUGACUGAUGAAUCAGAGUAUAUCUCUGGAAUUGAUUACAGUCUGCCCCUUCCACAGAUGUUAAAGGCUUGGCAGGAAACAGAAAGCAAUGUCAGUUUUACUAGUAUUAAUAGUAGCAAGGGAAGUAUUCCAGCAAGGCCUACUGGAUUUGCAGAUUCCUUCACUUCUACUGAUGGUCGAUGAGUAAAGUCCCAGUCAGUUUUGAUUAUUGGGUUUUGAUGCAUUCUUCUCAAAAAUGUUGGUUAUUUAGUUGAUCCCAAUAUAUCUACAUUGUGCUUUCAAGGAGCAUCUCCUUUUGGUGAUUGCACACAAUAAUUUCAUGGUUAGAAUUCAAGUGCCCAAGGUAUACUUCCCUCAGUGAUUCAGGAUUUCAUUCUUGAGCUCUGAGAACUGGAACAGUGAUGUAGAUAAAAGCAGUAAUUUAUACUUUCUUUGUUUGUUGUUCCUUGAAUUAUGUAGUCUGCUUUUAUACCUAUUUCAUUUUGCUUUGUUAAGACUUGAUGUCAUUUAAAAACCUAUCAAGCAUCAAUUAAUUUCAGAU